AUGUCCACCCACGCCACCCACGGCACCACAUCUCCCACCUUCCCUCCUGCCCCACCUCCAAGCCCAACGGCCGCUUACUCCCGCGAUAUCCCCACCGAGCUCACCCGCCGUCUACAGCUCCUCCGCGCCGGUGGCUCUCCCCCUCAAUUUCCCAACAAGUCUGCCGACGCGCUCACCCGCACCAAUGAAGACGUCGCCAUGGAGCUUGUACGGCGCUUGAAGCUCCUCCAUGACGGACCCCCGCAGGUCUCCGCCAAGUCUAUCUACGCGCUCGCCGACGAACCCACGUACACUCACUACUACUCUUCUACUCCCGACAUCGAUUCCCUGUACCAUGUCCAACAGCCCUGUAGUGGGCGCGGUAGUACGUCCAUGGCGUCGCUCGUCGUCGAGACCGUGUCAUCCAAAUCCGCCGAAAGCGCUCACAGCUCAAGAAUCGCUGCCCGCGGAGUCGAAGCGUCUCGCAAGGCUAACGGCGGGAACAUCACGGCCUGUAAUCUCCCAACUUGUGUCGAGGAGACUGUGCUUGACCGUUGGGCUCAGGAGCCGGAGGAGAACGAGCUUGCGGCCCUCAGCGCGCUUCCGCGCAGUGGCUCAGCUGCGCCGCUCGCCCCCACCAGCGCACAGAGCGAGGUCGGUGGCGCCGAGUUUCCAAGGUUAACCCCCAACAUCAAGCCAUCAAGUCGCCUACCCCCGCCCCGAGACGUCGACACCGCCCACACCUCCCACAUCGUCGGCCUGGUUCCAUGCACGGGUAAUGUCUCGCCAUCGAUGGAAUCGUUCGACGGUGGGAUCUGGCUCGUCUCUGAGGACAUUUCUUCAACGCCAGUAGGCAGGGCCUCUGCAGGUGCCGAACGAGUGGGUGGAGGCGAACAGCAGUCCGCGAGCGGUGUCAGCGCGAGGUGGCUUCGCCUGCUCUGA